GUUAAAAAUGUAACAUGUUUGUAUUUCAGAGCUCCCUGUGGCCCAUGACCUUUGGCCUAGCAUGUUGUGCUGUGGAGAUGAUGCACAUGGCGGCUCCUCGUUACGACAUGGAUCGGUUCGGUGUCGUGUUCAGAGCCAGUCCCAGACAGGCUGAUGUCAUGAUAGUCGCAGGGACAUUAACCAACAAAAUGGCUCCUGCACUGCGUAAGGUGUAUGACCAAAUGCCAGAGCCCAGAUAUGUAAUUUCAAUGGGAAGCUGUGCUAACGGUGGUGGCUACUAUCACUACUCCUAUUCAGUGGUCCGGGGUUGUGAUCGCAUCGUUCCAGUGGACAUCUACGUCCCAGGUGUGUUUCAUUUAAACAAGCUAUAGCAUGUUCUGUGUGUCUCUGUGUGAACGAGUGGUGCGGUUUCGUCUGCUACACGCAUGACG